AUGACAGCUAUCGAAAAAGCGCUUGCGGCAAUCAAUUCGCAAGGUCUAGAAGGACAAAUCUCGUACUAUACAGCUGCAAAAAUAUAUAGUGUUGCGGCAUCAACUUUAACGCGUCGCCACCAAAACAAAACGCGGUCGCGUGCAGCCGCUGCACACCCACGACAACUACUCUCACCACAACAAGAGAAAUACCUUGUCCAGCACAUAGAAAAACUCUCUAAGCGUAGUACUCCACCGUCCCAAGAGAUAAUUAAAAAAUAUGUUACUAAUAUUAUAAAAAGAUAG